AUGGUGGACGUCCAGUUUUUUGGAAAAACAUCAAAUCCCUUCAGGCAAGUUGGGUUACUGCAACAAGCCACCCGCUGCACUGGAAGUGGAAGCCGGUUCAGAAUGUGGUGGCUGAUUAUUGACGGAAGCUAUUUCACCCUCCUUAAAGCACCACCCGUGGCUUCCAGGGAGACCGUGCCCCAUGUCACAAAUGGGGAACUGAAGAGCAGAGAAGGUGGCUUUCCCACGGCUGCACCGGAACAGGGGACAGAGCCCAGCCCUGUGGCUGUCUCAAGGAGUCCGGGAAGAGGCUGCCUUGAGGGGCGGGCCAAGGGCCAAGGGGGCAGCAAAGUCCUGACUCCUUCCCACAGCCUGGCUCAGGAAUUCAGUGCCCCCUCCUGCUGUAAAGUACCUCUGAGUAUGAGCGGAGUUCCCCUUGUAGAGAAGAGGGCAAAGCAGGAUGGACAGAGGAGAGCUGGGAAAGGGCCAGGCAGUGGGUGUCAGAAAAGAGUGCCAACGGGCAGGGUGGUCGGUGGGACGACACCUGGGGAGAGGGUGUCAGGCUUCUGUUCUGCAGAUCCAGCGAAUGGCUGGGCCCGGCCCCUCCUCCCCUGCAGCCGGCCCCACCUGGCCAGGCCUCUCCCUCCGCUUCUGCCCUGCCCUUCCCUCCCGGCCCUGAAACACAAUCCACCCACGGGGCUCAGCUCUGGGUCUGACAGGCAGAGAGCAUCCCUGCAUCCUGGGAGAGCCAUGAAGGAGGCUGGGCAGCAGCCGGAGGAAGCUCUGGCCGAGGAGGAGGAGGCCUCUUUGCCCAAGGCCUCCGACAUCAUCAACUUUGCCGGCAGCUGCACACUCCACGGCAUCAGCCACGUCUUCCUGCCAGGGCCCUUCACGCCACGCCGUGUGGCUUGGGCGGGGGCCGUCCUGGCUGCGGUGGGCAUCUUCCUGUACCAGGUGGGCGAACGGGUCCAGUAUUACCAGGAGUACCACCACGUCACCAUGCUGGACGAGGAAGAGGGCAAGCUGCUGGUCUUCCCAGCCGUCACCCUGUGCAACUACAACCGCAUCCGCCGCUCCCGGGUGACCCGCAACGACCUGCACUGGCUGGGCCGGGAGCUGCUCGGCGUGGAGCCGCCUGACUACCCCGACUACCUGCGAGCCCUGGGCUGGCCAGACGCAGACACCAGCCCGCCCGGGUUCUUCCCCACCCGCAGCUUCAACAUGCUGGACUUCUUCCAGCGCACCGGCCAUGAUCUGGAGGACAUGCUGCUGGACUGCCGCUUCCGCACCCGGGAGUGCGGCCCCGAGAACUUCACCACUAUUUUCACCCGCUUGGGCAAGUGCUACACGUUCAACUCAGGUGCUCCUGGGCAAGAGCUCCUGACCACAGUCAAAGGGGGCACGGGCAAUGGCCUGGAGUUGAUGCUGAACAUCCAACAGGACGAGUACCUGCCUGUCUGGGGUGAGACAGAGGAGACAUCCUACGAGGCCGGAGUGAAGGUCCAGAUCCACAGUCAGGAGGAGCCCCCUUCCAUCGACCAGCUGGGCUUUGGAGUGGCCCCCGGCUUCCAGACCUUCGUCUCGUGCCAGCAGCAGCGGCUCCUCUACCUCCCACCCCCGUGGGGCGACUGCAAAUCCGGACCCAUCGAGUCCGCCUUCUUCCCCAACUACAGCAUGGCCGCCUGCCGCAUCGACUGCGAGACCCGCUACCUGGCCGAGAACUGCAACUGCCGGAUGGUGCACAUGCCAGGCAAUGCUAAUAUCUGCACCCCGGAACUGUACAAGGAAUGUGCUGACCCAGCGCUGAACUUCCUGGUGGAGAAGGACAACGAGUUCUGCCGGUGCCAGACGCCCUGCGAGACGAUGCGCUUCGGCAAGGAGCUCUCCGUGGUCAAGAUCCCCAGCAAGGCCUCUGCCAAAUACCUGGCCAAGAAGUACAACCGCAGCGAGCAGUACAUCACGGAGAACUUGCUGGUGCUGGACAUUUUCUUUGAAGCCCUCAACUAUGAGACCAUUGAGCAGAAGGCGGCCUACGAGGUGUCUGGCCUGUUAGGGGACAUCGGGGGCCAGAUGGGGCUGUUCAUCGGGGCCAGCCUGCUCACCAUCCUGGAGAUCUUGGACUACCUGUAUGAAGUGCUGCGGGAGAAACUGCUCAUCUUCUACCAGGGCAGGAAACAGGCGGGAAACGGCAAUGAGGACGACCUGGAGUACCCGGACCUCCCAUGCAGCCCGGGCAGGCCCCCGCCCCAGACUGCCAGGGCACCUGCCCCCAGCUGCGUAGCCACUCGGACACUGUCGGAUCCACCCCGGACGCGCUACCUCAUCACACGACUUUAAGCGACUUGGAGGAAUGGCUUUCUGAAGGGGC